AUGGAAUCGAAAUUAAAGAAUUUCAAAGAGUCUUUAAGUAUACAAGAUUGUGAGAAGACUAAUUUAAAUACUCCGUUUUCGAUAAAUGAUAUACUAACCAAAGAGAAUGAGGCGAAGUGCGACUUUGAAAAUGGAAUGUUUUGUUCGGAAAAUUUUGGCGGGAAGAUGAACUUUUUGGAGAAACCAACAAGCUGUUACAGCAAGGAGGAUGGAUAUGGUUUACAAAAGGAGGUUUUAGACAAGGGAUUGAAGUAUUAUGACGACUGCAGCGGGUACAGAGCCUACGGUGGUGAUGGCGCACUGGACAUGUCGCGGAAAAACAAUUAUCCCGUCACAGAAUUAUCAGAUGACUAUGACUCUCGUUCAUCCAACACAGGCUCACCAGUACGCCGAACGAACUCAUCACCAUCAUCAGAUAUCGCAUAUAAGCCUUUUUUACACUUCGAAACGCGCAAAUGCUCGUCCCCACCUACCGAUACCAGGAUAAUUCAUUCCCCGAGUUACAACAUUAACGAAUACUCCCAAAAUGGGGGGAGAAAAAAACGAUCAAGAGCUGCUUUCUCUCAUGCUCAAGUAUAUGAACUCGAGAGAAGAUUUAGCCAACAACGGUAUCUUUCAGGCCCUGAGAGAGCAGACCUGGCAAUCAGUCUAAAACUGACAGAGACACAGGUGAAAAUAUGGUUCCAAAACAGACGGUAUAAAACUAAAAGAAAGCAGUUACAGAUGCAAGAAAAUGGAAUGCUGGCAGCAGCUGCGGCUGCAGCAAAUCAUGCAAGAAAAGUGGCUGUCAAAGUCCUUGUCAAUAAUAACGGACAGCCAAGCUUGCCUGAUUUAAAACCAUACCCAAAUCCAAUUCUGGGAAAAGCCUUAAACCCCCUUUUCACACCACCGAACUUAUUAGAAAGUUCGCCAAUAUUGAAGCACUUUGCUGGCGUCUACGGUGUAGAUUUUGCUAAAAAUCCAGAGUAUAAAACUUUAUUACAAGAAUCCUACAAUCAAGCUGUGUUACAGUCGCUCUAUGGUCCACAUUUAAAUGUUAAUUAUUCAAAUUUGCCACUACCUUAUAUGUAUUACCCUGGACAUUCCACAUUCGGAAUGCCUGUACCAUGUGAUAUAGACAGAAGUCAAGAAAGGACUGAUAGUAAAGAAUUUGGAGCCAAAGAUAAAGAAAAGUCGGAAUCUAAAGUCAAAACUCACGUUGAUUUAAAUGAGAACAGUAAUGAAAGCAUGGCCAGUAACAUUGAAAUUGAAAAUUAA